CCCUACUCCCACCGCCUUCUUCACAUCAUGUCCGGCUACGGAAACGACAACAACAACAGCUACGGCUCCAACGACAACGACAACAGCUACGGGUCUAACAACUCGAGCCGUCGUGACAACAACUCCGGAGGCGACAGCUACGGCUCCGGCCAGACCGACUCCAACUCGUACGGUUCGAACGACAACUCCUCUUCGGGCGGCUACGGAAAUAAGAGCAGCUCGGACUCCUACGGCAGCUCUGGUGGCCGGAACGACGACUCCACCUCCAACUCAUAUGGCAGCUCCGGCGGCCGCAACGACGAUUCGAACUCAAACUCGAACUCGUACGGCGGCGGCCGGGACGACAACUCCUCGUCCCGUCGCGACAACGACAACUCGAACUCGUAUGGCUCGAGCGGCAACACCGACAACGCGUACGGCUCGAGCAACAACGACAACUCGAACUCAAACUCGUACGGCUCGAGUAACAACAACUCGUCGAGCAACAACAGCGGCAGCAACUCGUACGGCUCGAGCAACGACGACUCGUCGUACGGCUCGUCGAACACCGCGCGCAAGAACGACGGCGACAGCUACGGCUCGAGCGGGAACAGCAACAGCAACAGCUACGGCAGCUCGAACACCAACUCGGGCUCCGACAGCUAUGGCUCGAACGACAACUCGAACUCAAACAACUCGAGCUCGAAGUCCCAGAGCGGCACCACGGGCGCUGGCGGCGACGACUGGGUCGACAAGAGCGUCGAGUUCGCCGCGAAGAAGGCGGGCUACAACCUGGACGAGAACACCGCCGACAAGAUCGGCUCGGGGCUCCGCGAGGGCCUCAAGAAGUUCGGAGGGGGCAACAACUGAUGGGAAUCAAAUCCGGGGGUGUGCGGAAGGAAGACUUGGAUUGGUUGGAUGUAAUGGUGUCUGCACGUCUUGGGUACCGUGUGUGUGUCCGUGAGGACGCUUAUCGAACGUCGGACUAUUAUCAAUAGAACUGGCUGUGAUUGUAUAACAACAAGCUUUAGGACUCGUC